AUUUUGAUAGUGAUGGGUCAAAAGUACCGAUAGAUGUCAUGAACGCCGUGUCCAAUUCCUCCGCAAUAACCCAAGGUUUCGUCCAAUUUCACCCGCUCAUAUCCAAACUGUGCAAUUAUCCAGUCAUUGUUUUCGUCCUUUCGUCAACUGAUGGUCGCUUGGUCGUGAAGAUGCCAGCGCAAGUCUGAGUGCACGCCCUCACUUCAACUGCUUGUCAUGCGGCUGCCGCUGCCCACGGAUUUCUUCGCGCCCGUACGGCUUUCCGCAGCCGAAGUCCAUGAUCUGCAGCGUGUGGAGGCGCGGCUUCUCUCCGUCUACCUGGCCAGCUACGACGCACACGCGGACGCUGCGCAAUCUGGUUGGAAGCUGGUGGGACAGCGUGAAGGCGUCAAGAUCUUUCGCCAGCGGCCCACGAAGAGGAAGAAGGUGAAGCGGGCGCAGCGAGGCCAGCCAGAGCCCGAUCCCGAACCCGAUAUAACUAGGCGCCAGUCGCGCACUGAGGAGCACGAGCUGCCGGCGCUUCGUCUCGUUGGCAGCGUGGACGGAGCGCUAGAGGACGUUCUGUAUGGAUCCAUGUGGAGAUCCGGUCGGGAACGCGCGGCUAGAGCGCAUUUCACUGGCGACGGAGUGGCGGACGGCGCUGUGCUCUGCUCUGUGGAGAGUCCGUCGAGUGCGGACCCUUUCCGAUCAUUGAGUAUCAAGUGGGCACUGAAACGCGCGCCACACGGCGGACUGGUGGUCAAAGACCGGGACUUCUGCUAUUUGGCAGCGGCUGGCGUCGUGCACUCGCCUAGGACGGGCGUAAAGCUCGGCUAUCGACUGCGUCACUCGAUCACGUUCCCGUCCUGUCCGCCGUUCCAGAACCACUCGGUGGUGAGAGGACAGAUCUUCUUGUGCUCGUUCUUUAGACAGCUACGUAAUGGUAGAGUGGGAGUGUUUCAUGAAGGGAAAUACGAUGUUGGAGGGGGAAAUGGGACAAUUGGACUGGGGCUGCCGAAAUCCAUUGCCGAGAAGAGCAUUGUGGAGACGCUGUUGAGUCUGGCGGAUGUACGAGCCUGUGCGCUGGCCAAGAAACUGGCUAGAGAGGUGGAAAACACAGAGGCGGAGCGUGCAGUGGCCUCAUUAUCGAUUUCUUCGGUCCAGGAAUCGCUCGACGGCGAGAGGCGCUGCGGGAUGUGUCUGCGUCGUCUUGGUAGUGCCCUGAAGCGGCGGUGUGCGGCUUGUCGUCACUGGACGUGCACUCAGUGCAGUGUACGACAGGAAACUAUCCCGUCAGCCAGAGUUACGUGGAUAAAUGAGCCUGUAUUGGCUCGUUGUUUCUGCAAGGCUUGUGUUGCCAAGGUGCUGCGUGAUGAUGCCACGAAAUACGCGUCCCGUGAUGCCAAUGGAGACGACUACGAAGUCACCAGUGGGCGGUGGGGUCACGAUGAUAUUCCUGAAGAGGAGGAGGGCGACGAGGAGGAAGUUCGUGUCUUAAAUCGUCGCCACUCAAUGGUGCUGUUCUCAGUGAACACCCACUACGAAGCCGACGAUCUUUCUCGACAGCAUCGACUGGUGACGGUAGCUACUGGAGCUCCCAGUAGCACCGAGUUCGGGUCUCGUACGUCCGUAUCGCGCUUGUCUGCCAAGCAAGUAUCAGUGGACAGCGACGCCAUGAACACCGUCAACAGCUCGCCGCCUGAUAAUCGCCGACGUCGCAGUGCUACGCCCGCUUUAGCUAAUGAAAUGCACACUCCAGAAAGAAGUCGACCUAGACGGCGUCUCAGUAUGAGUACGCCCGAUAUCCUGCUGCGUAGCGAUGUGGGCAAGCGCAACUGGGCGUCUUCAACGUCGGCACUCUCACUUCAGUCCCCACAGCGACACAUUGAUGGCUCGCCGAUUGUAAAUAUCAAUCGCCGUCGCCGUUCUGGAAGUUUGUCGCCGUGUGUGCGCCGAGUUAGCUUCGGCAGCAAUUGCAGUUCUGGCGGAAAGAGCGACGAGAUUCGUGUGCGUAUUGUCACACCCAAGCGAAGUCAACCUGCUGCUGCCUAUACUCCAUACUUUGCGUCUGCGGGGGUCUCGUCGUCGAGAAGAACGUCGGUGGAUUCUGGCCCUCCGUCCAUACGAACCGUGCACAAUCGGUUCUUCCGUGACCUGUAUGGCAACCAGAUUGCAACACGAAAGUAGAGUGGCUGAGUAUUGGCAUCGCCGACUGUAUGAAAUGUUAAGCUAAAGGAAAGAAACGCUCAAGUCUGCCCAUAUCACGUCGUCGCGAUAUCGUUCGAGCUCAAAACUUUUGUAGUUACGAACACAAAUUUUACUGUGUUCGGUUCGGAUCAACUGAAAAAUGACAGAUGCGGCUUGUGAAUAAUGACACAUAUUUUAAUACGUUCGUCAAC